AUGGGCCCUGGGUUCGCAGCAACAGGUCUGUUUUGCAACAACGGCUCUCACCAAUCUCCGAUUGACAUUGAUUCCUGCAUAAGAUCAAAUAUUCCUCCCUUGAGAACUACAGGACAUAGCAGAAUCAGACCUGAAGGUUUUACAAUUAUGAACACUGGAAGCACUGCGCAAAUCAACUAUCGUGGCAAUGAACCAACAAUGUCCGGAGGUCCAUUGCCCAGGGGAUCCACUUACGUCCUUGUGCAGGCACAUUUCCACUGGGGAGAGUCGGAUGCAAAGGGUUCAGAACAUGCCGUACACGGGAAAUACGGAGCAAUGGAGGCGCACUUUGUUCAUCGCAAACGUUCAUAUCCAGACCUAGAAACUUUGAUUUACUCAAUCUUACAAUUAAACUAUCAGGAGCAAGAAAGGAAUAACACGAAACUUGACCCAAUUGUUACAAAAUUGGCUGAAAUCAGAGCUGCUAAAACUUUAGCCAGAAUCGAUGCAGACGCCUUGUUCUGGCUGAACGAUGCUCUCUCGCCCUUCCGCUACUACAACUACCCUGGAUCGCUAACUACCGGUGACUGUAAUGAGGUUGUCAACUGGAUCGUCAUGAAGAAGAGAGUUGGAAUUUCUGCAACCCAGAUUGCAGAAUUCAGAAAGUUGAUUGGCAAAGAUGGUAUGGCUAUUACUGAAUACAGACGCGAGGUGCAAGAUUUAAACAACAGAAAAAUCAAGUGCCCCAGAGUUUUUCCUAUGGUGUGA